UGUAUAAAGGAUUUAAAAUUUUUUUGUUUGUAGAGUUUUGUAACGAGACAAGAAUAUUAGGGUAGGUAUGGAAAUCGCUGUGCAACAACUUAAAAAAAGUCACAACUUUGUCUUAAAGAUACUAAAUCAUGUGAACGUAAAGGCACUUGUCUCCUUUUCUCGGUUGGAAAGGAGACAGGAGCAGGCACUUUCUGAUACUGUGCUUGAGGAGAAACACUCAGCCGUUUCUCGGAGUAAGGAAAUGGCUUUCUUUGACCUGAUAAAGGAAAAGGAUGAAGGUGAGAAGUGGGAAAACGUUCAGCUGUGUGAGCGGAUCGGAGAUUAGCCCGGGACAAAAUCAUGAGUCUGCUGCCUCCUGUUUCCUGCUUUUUGGGCCUGUUGCCCUUUUGGAUGCUGUGUGCAUCUUUCACCCACAGGUGUACUGUUUGGCGCGAGGUAGCCGACUGCAGCCACCUAAAGCUGACUCAAAUACCCGAUGACCUACCGGCAAACCUAACCGUGUUGAAUCUAACCCAUAAUCAGCUCAAAAAACUACCACCUGCCAAUUUGACCAGAUACAGCCAACUUACUGUCUUGGAUGCAGGAUUUAACUCCAUCUCCAAACUGGAGCCAGAACUGUGCCAAAAACUCCCCUUGUUGGAAAUUUUGAACAUCCAGCACAAUGAGCUCUCUCAAGUUUCUGAUAAAACCUUUACCUUCUGCCUGAAUUUGGCUGAACUCCUUCUUAGGUCCAACUCAAUCCAGAAAAUUCAAAAUAAUCCCUUUAAAAACCUGAAGAAUUUAAUCAAAUUAGAUCUAUCUCAUAAUGGCAUCCCAUCUGUGAAAUUAGGAACUGAGGUCCAGCUGCAAAGUCUCCAAGAGCUUUUGUUAUCAAAUAAUAAAAUUAAUGUACUAGCACGUGAAGACCUUGAUUUCCUCGGCAAUUCUUCCUUAAAAAAAUUGGAAUUGUCUUCAAAUCCCAUCAAAGAGUUCUCUCCAGGGUGUUUUCAUGCAAUUGGAAAAUUAUUUGGUCUCUCGCUGAACAAUGUCCAGCUGGGUCCCAGGCUCACAGAGAAACUGUGUCUGGAAUUAGCGAACACAAGCAUUCAGAAUCUGUUCUUGAGCAACACCCAGCUGCCCAGAACGAGCAAUGUGACCUUCGCUGGACUAAAGCAGACGAAUCUCACCACGCUCGAUCUGUCCUAUAACAGCUUAAAUACGAUCAGCAAUGAUUCCUUUGUUUGGCUUCCACAUCUAGAAUAUCUCUUCCUAGAAUAUAAUAACAUAGGCCACUUGUCCUCUCACUCCUUUUAUGGGCUCUCCAACGUGAGAUACCUGAACAUGAGACACUCUUUUACUAAACAAAGCAAUUCCCUUGCUUUGCUUCCCAAGAUUGAUGAUUUUUCCUUUCGGUGGCUAACAUGUUUGGAGUAUCUUAACAUGGACGAUAAUAACUUUCUGGGCAUAAAAAACAAUAUGUUCACGGGACUCGUAAAGCUGAAAUAUUUAAGUCUAUCCAACUCCUUCACAAGUUUUCAAACUUUAACAAAUGAAACAUUUGCCUCACUUGCCCAUUCUCCUUUACUUAUGCUCAACCUCACCAAAAAUAAAAUCUCAAAAAUGGAGGGUGGUGCUUUUUCUUGGUUGGGCCACCUGAAGGUACUAGACCUUGGCCUUAAUGAAAUUGGGCAAGAACUCACAGGGGAGGAAUGGAGAGGUCUAGACAAUAUUGCAGAAAUCUACCUUUCCUACAACAAAUACCUACAACUGACAAGCAACUCAUUCACCUCGGUUCCAAGCCUUCAACAACUGAUGCUCCGAAGGGUGGCCCUUAGAAUUGUGGCCCCUUCGCCUUUUCGCUCCCUUCGUAACUUGACCAUUCUCGAUCUAAGCAACAACAACAUAGCCAACAUAAACGAUGACCUUUUGGAGGGUCUGGAGAAACUGGAAAUUCUGGAUCUGCAACAUAACAACUUAGCGAGGCUCUGGAAACAUGCAAACCCUGGCGGCCCCGUGCAUUUCCUAAAGGGUCUUUCUCACCUCCGUAUCCUUAAUUUAGAGUCAAAUGGCUUUGAUGAGAUCCCGGUAGAUGCCUUCAAGGACUUAUUUCAGUUAAGGAGCAUCAAUUUGGGAUUGAAUAAUUUAAACAUACUUCCACCCUCCGUCUUUGAUGAUCAGGCAUCGCUAAAGUCACUGAGCCUCCAGAAGAAUCUCAUCACAUCAGUUGAGAAGAAUGUUUUUGGGCCAGCUUUCAAGAACCUGAGUAAUUUAGAUAUGAGCUUCAAUCCAUUUGAUUGCACAUGUGAAAGCAUCGCCUGGUUUGUUACCUGGAUCAAUGGCACCCACGCCAACAUCUCUGAGCUAUCGAGCCAUUACCUCUGCAACACUCCACCUCAGUACCAUGGUUUUCCCGUGAUGCUUUUCGAUGUAUCGCCCUGCAAAGACAGUGCACCCUUUGAACUCUUUUUCAUGAUAAGUACCAGCAUCCUAUUGAUUUUUAUCUCAAUGGUACUGCUCAUCCAUUUGGAGGGCUGGAGGCUAUCUUUUUAUUGGAAUGUUUUAGUGCAUCGAGCUCUGGGUUUCAAAGAAAUGGAUAGACAGCCUGAGCAGUUUGACUAUGCAGCGUAUAUAAUUCAUGCCUAUGAAGAUAGGGACUGGGUGUGGGAACACUUCUACCCCAUGGAGGAAAAAGAUCAAACCCUCAGAUUUUGUCUGGAAGAAAGGGACUUUCAGGCAGGCGUUCUUGAACUUGAAGCAAUUGUCAGUAGCAUCAAAAGGAGCAGAAAAACAAUUUUUGUUAUAACACAGAAUCUAUUGAAAGACCCAUUAUGCAAAAGAUUCAAGGUGCACCAAGCAGUUCAGAAAGCUAUUGAACAAAAUCUGGACUCCAUUAUCUUGAUCUUUCUUGAAGAGAUUCCAGAUUAUAAACUGAACCACACACUCUGUUUGCGAAGAGGAAUGUUUAAAUCUCACUGCAUCUUGAACUGGCCAGUCCAGGUGGAGCGAAUAAAUGCCUUUCAUCAUAAACUGCAAGUAGCACUUGGGUCCAGAAAUUCAGUCCAUUAAAUGUAUUUAAGGACUAAAGGAACAGAGGAGCAAAUUUUGUAAUUUAAAAAGUUCCAUGGUAAAUUUAAGUUUUAAAUUAAGUUCUUUGGCUCUAUGUUUCCUGUACUAUUCUUAACCUCCCCCUGCCUAUUUUGUACCUACUAUUUAUGAUACUUAUUUCCUGUACCUUUUCCUUCAUUCCCCACUCCCCUUUCCCACUGAUAACCAUCUAUGUGAUCUCCAUUUCUGUGAUUCCAUUCCUGUUCUAGUUGUUUGCUUAGUUAGUUUGUUGUUUUGUUUGCUUUUUUGUUUUUUAGGCUCAGUUUGAUAAUUGUGAGUUUCUUGAUAUUUUACUAUUCAAAUUUUCUGAUCAUCUUCUUUUUCUUAGAUAAGUUCCUCUAACAUUUCCUAUAAUAAGGACUUGGUGAUGAUGAACUCCUUUAACUUGACCUUAUCUGGGAAGCACUUUAUCUGCCCUGCCGUUCUAAGUGAUGGCUUUGCUAGGUAGAGUAAUCUUGGAUAUAGGUCCUUGCCUUUCAUUACUUUGAUACUUCUUUCCAGCCCCUUCUUGCCUGUAAGGUUUCUUUUGAGAAAUCAGCUGAUAAUCUUAUGGGAGCUCCUUGGUAGGUAACUGUCUCCUUUUCUCUUGCUGCUUUUAAGAUUCUCUCCUCUUUGAUUUUGGGUAACUUGGUGAUGAUGUUCCUUGAUGUGUGCUUCCUUGGGUCCAACUUCUUUAGGAUUCUAAGCUUCCUGGACUUCCUGGAAGUCUAUUUUCUUUGCCAGGUUGGGGAAGUUCUUCAUUAUGUUUUCAAAUAAGUUUUUGACUUCUUGCUCUUCCUCUUCUCCUUCUAGCACCCCUACAAUUUUGAUUUUGGAACAUUUACAGUUGUCCCAGAGGUUCCUAAGCCUCUUCUUACCUUUUUGAAUUCUUGUUUCUUCAUUCUGUUCUGGUUGAAUGUUUAUUUCUUCUUUCUAGUCCAAACCAUUGAUCUGAGUCCUGGUUUCCUUCCCAUCACUGUUGGUUCCCUGUAUGUUUUCCUUUAUUUCACUUUUCGUAGCCUUUACUCUUUCCUGUAUUGUGUUACCAUAUUCAACCAAUUAUGUGAGCAUCCUGAUUACCAGUGUUUUGAACUGUGUGUCUGAUAGGUUGGCUAUCUCUUCAUUGCUUAGUUGUAUUUUUUCUGGAGCUUUGAUGUCCUCUUUCAUGUGGGCCAUUUUUUUUUUUUUUUUUGGUCUGGGCAUGCCUGUUAUGUAGUAAGGGGUGGUGCUUUAGUUAUUGGCCAGGGUGGGGCAACCCACAUUUCUGCAUGGUGGUGCUGUCUGUGGGGGAGGGGUCCGAGAGGGAACAAUACCACUUGUUCAGCUCUCUGCCAGCUUUCAGUAACUUCCCCCACUACCCACAAUCAAAUUGGGCCCUUCUGAUGCUGAUUCCCAGGUGAGUGGGUUUGUGUAUGUUCUGGGACCCUGUAGGUCUCUCCAAUGAACUCUCCUGUGAGGCUGGGAGUUUCUCCUGCUGCCUCAACCCCCACAGGUGUUUUUGGUCAGAGGUUUUGAGGCUUUAUUUCCCGGCACUGGGACCCUGGGUUGCAUGGUCUGUCUUGCUCCCAGUUUUUCCUCCCGGUCUAUCCACACACAAAUGUGGGACUUCCCACUCUGCCAGCUGCUGCCUUGCCCUGAGUUCUCUCCACCUGGCUGCCCAUCUCUGCCCCUUCUACUGGUCUAUAUAAAUGUUUCUUCUUUAACACCUUGGUUGUAAGACUUCCAUACAGUUCAAUUUUCUGGGAGUUUUGGUUGUUUUUAAAUUCAUUGUUGUCCUUUUGGUUGUGCAAAGAGGCACAGUGUGUCUACCUAUGCCUCCAUCUUGGCCAGAAGUCUGUCAAUGGAUCCAAAUGUAAUCUUUUAAAAGUUGCUUAAUAUUUAAGAGGUCAGAAAACACAAGGGCUGACCUGUUGAGCUGACUAUAAGUAAAACUAAUCAGAGGUGUAAGCUUUGACUUGUGUUUGACCUACACAGGAAGCAACUUCUGUAGGCUGUCCUUUGUAAUUGUCCUCAGAAGUCCUUCUCCCUUGAGUUCCAUACAGAAAGUGUACAGGUGCAGAAAAGGCUAUGUGUCUGACCUAUUUAAUUUCCACCAGUGAAUUCAUGUAUUUGGUUGCCAGCAUAUAAUCUGUUCACUGCAACUCCUUCUUCCUCUUUUUUUCACUUUCAAAUCGUAGGCUGGGCACAGCUCUGGUUAGCCAUCAAUCCCCUGCCCCACCCCACACAAAGUUGUCCAGUGAAUGCCUAGCAUCUAAUAAAAUGAAUUCAAAGGUUUCCAUGAAUGUGACUCCACCCAGUCUUCUAAGCGUAUCUCCCAGUAUUGCUGUAGAUUGUAUUGAUUAGUGUUCUUCACUAGUCUUGCAACACUAGUCUUGCAAGAAAACAUUCUAUAAAAGUGCCCCUGCCAAGUAAAUGUCAGAAGCACUGCAUACCAUCUCCUCCCCUCAGAAAUAUGCAAUGAAUGGUAGGGUAUUGCCAAGCUAAGAGGUCCUGCUUUAAAGAAAGGGAUUUAGCUUUUUCUUGCCGAGUCAUUUUCUAAACUAAUUUGAUGAUAGAACCCUUCUUAUCAUGUAGCUCUUAUUAACCUCGUGCUGAAUGUAUGUUCUGCAUUGUACACUUUUGGAAACACCCUAGAUAACCUAAACUAUUCUAGUUCUGAUACCGUCUGAGAAGUUUGUCUUCAUACCUUUGCCCAUCUUGGACUUCACAGGUUACCUACAUCACCUUCCCUUCACCUUUGCAGCCAUACUUUAAAAUUUCAGCCAAACAUGCUCCCUGCUGGCAAAUUGCUUUAGCCAGCCUUUUGGUAGCACUUUCUGUUUGUCAUGUCAGCCCCACAUGCAGAUGCCCUUGACUUUGGGAUGGGCGGGCUCACGGGGCUGGAAAGCCCACCCAUUAGACUUGGGAAGUUAAUCAGAAAUGCAUAGGGGCUCCAGGAAGGGUGAGACAGUGGGGCUGUGUGGGACAAACUGACAGUUCUGGACACGCCCCCAUGUCCAUCAGACACAGUUCACAUCACUUAGCAUGACCCUCAAGGCUCUUCACAACUGGGUCAAGCUUAUCUCCUUGGCUUGAUUUUCUUUUGUUUUUCACUGCUUCUCCCAGGCUCGGGACCAGCCCCCUGAGCUCUUCUGUGUGGCCCACCACUUCCUGUACUGGCUGUAUUUCUUCUCUGCACACAGGGUCCUUUCCUGUCCCCCCCAUUUACAAAAAGACAUGACUGUCUUGGAAUAUGAUUGUGACAAAUAAUCUCUUAUUACUGUGGCAUUCAGUCAAGCUGUUAAGUUUUAUUUAACGACAUUUCAUGGGCCAGAGAAGGAUCACAGUCCUCAACACAUACAAAUGUACCUGAUAUGUGGGUUACGGAGAGUCAGAAAGAGGUGAACCAACUCACACUGUGGCACUAACAGUGGGCAGUAGUAAAGAAGGACAGCAUGGUCCCACCUCAUUGUGUCUUUAGGAUGUUCACAGUGUGGCUACAAGAAACAACCAGAAUUUCAUAUUUUACUUUUAUUGAUACUCCAAUCCAAGCAACUCCUGUGGAAUUCUUCUGUGAUAUACCAACCCCUUCACCCCCAUACCUACACACAGCAUGCAGAAGGAAUCAAUUUAUUACUUAGCAUCUGUGGUACUUUAUUCAACCCUUAGUCUAACUGCGUGUCAUGUUUUGGACAUGGUUUAUAUCUGACUCCAUCCUGAGACCCCAGGGUAUGAGCACCUUGAAUACAAGGAGUUCCAUCGUAUUUGUCCUAGAAUCCUCAACACCUAGAAGAAUCACUGGAAUAGAGUAAUUUUUCAAACUACAGAUGGUUGAACAGAAAACACUGUAUCGACAUGGCAGCAGUGGGCACAGAAGGAAAAUAAACAUAUUCUAUUUUGUGAAAAUACAUUUUUACCACCCAGAAAUGUCGUCUGCUUCUGGGAGAGAAAAUAUACAAAAGAGAAUCAAGGUGCUCCAAACUUUGCUCCGGGCUCCUUCAGCUCUGCAGUGCCGAUUCCAGGACUGCGUGACAGUACCGCAGGGAACAAAGGCUCGGGGAGUUCCAGGUCUCCACUUAAAGCCUUAGUGCGCACUGGAAGUUUCUUCGUGACCUUGCCCUUCCUCCUCUUGCUUCAUGUCCAAACGUUCCCUCCCAUUGGUGUGGUCCCUGCCACACAGUGAUGGAAGGACUGAGUGAGCAGAUGCUUCUUGAACUCCAGCUUCCCGGACCUUGCGUUGAUUCCCCAGCACGCCUUCCCCAUUUAACUUUCUAUCCACGUGGAAAUGUAGUUCUGCUUUCAUGGCUCUCCGACAUUCUUUUUUCUUGGCUACAUUCUGCAGUUUCAAGGGUUGGGUCAGGUAUCAACUUCUCUGACAAAAAGACUCAACUGUUGACCCAACCUGACCCAGACACAACCUUCCCAAAUACGCUUCCUCCUUAGGAUGGGUUCAUUGGCCCUUCACCCUGUGCCCAGUCCUUCUGUGAUAGACAGGCUCGAUCUCUUGAACAGUGUGAGUGUCCAAAGAGUCUAAAGAGGGUGCAACCCUAAGAUCUUGCUGGUGCAAGAAUCUGUACAAACCCUGACAGGAGAGGGGGCUUAGCCUCGGACGUGUGACUUUGGAGGGGGGUUUAAGGUCAGGGCCUUUCUCCAUCCACUCUACUCGCUUGCAGCAGACAACCCUUGGGUGCAAGGGGUUUAAAGGGCUGUUCCGCUUGGGUUGUUCUGGUGCAAAGCAGUCUUGUCCGGGAUAAAGGCUGGGCAAAUGAGCAGAUGCUGGGCUUACAAGGGUCCAUGUAUAUUAAGAAGCAGACAAACAGGUCUAAAACUUGUGCAAGCUGAACACUCACCUGGGUAACUUGCUAAAAAAUGCAGGUCCUGGGAAUGACCCUCAGAAACUCUGAGUCACAUAUUUGGUUCAGAGUUCUGCAUUGUGACAAUCAUCCCAGAUGACUCUGCUAGAGGGGAAUCUGUAGAUGUCACUCCGAGAAGCAUUGAACUAGACUCACACUCAGCGGACUUUUGAGUUGACCAUAAUCUUUUUGCUAAUAUGACUCCAUUACUUUGACAAAUUUGUUAGUGAACUGUUUCAGCAACCAUAUGUAACCUACCGCCUACUCUAUGCAUUAUACCAUUUAAUAUUCAUAACAGCUUUGUGGAAAAGGCUAUUACAGAUGGGAGGACUGAGCCCCACCGGAAGCAAGUGACUUGUGUGAGAUCAAACAGCAAAUAUGUGCAAAGUUCAAGUCUAAGCUGGCAUGGCUACAAAGCCAUUGGUGUCUCCACCGUGACAUAGUUUCCCUAGCUGUGGGAAGCUACACCAUUAAACAAAUAGCACACUUUCUAACCAAAAACUGAAAAAUCGUGGAGAAGAGUUUUUAUGAACACUUGCCAAAUUUUCAGUCAUGGUUUUUAUUAUCAUCAUCACCUAAUAGAGUUUUUACUUUGUGCCAGCAAGCUUUUAAGUCUUUUUCAUGUAUUAAUUUUUAAAUCCUCACAACCACACAGGGCACUCUUAUUGUCUUCAUUUCACAGAUUAGGAAAUUGAAGCACAUGGGUACUUAACUUGCCCAGUGUGCCCUCUCUGCCUCUUAUCAGGGUCAUGAUUUGAAACCAUGUAGUCUGCCUCCAGAGUCUCCUUUGAAACUACCAAACUCUGCAGUGAUGUACAUGAUGUGACAUUGACAUUGACUGUGAUAAUUGGAACUAUACGAGGUCAAGUUUGAGACGGUCUAUUCCUACCUCUUCAGAGAUAGCACUUACAAUGGUGCUGAAAUGCUCAGUGCAUGAGUUUAUAUCCAUAGCACACAAUACGAACAGUUAAUUGGUAGCUGCUUUUUUAAUUUGAUAAUUCGAAACUAUUCGUUGUAGCUAUUACUAUACCCAACAAACAUACCCAUCUCUUCUUUCUUGAUUGAUCAAGCCCUGGUUUUGUCUAGAUGGUAACACACUCAGGGAAAGUAGACUUUUUCUUGACCACAAAGUGAGGAACUAUGAUUAAAGAGUGUGAUAACUCUUACUUCCCCUUUCCUGAUAAUUAGUUUAGGGAAGGACUUUUCAUUUAGUUCUAGCCAAUGGGAAGCUUCUAGAAAGUAUUUUGUUCCUUAAUGAGUGGGAAAGUGAGAGAGUAAGCUGUACCUUCUUCUUGCCUUGAAUGUAGUUAUUUGAGGGGAAGAUGGUUGGUGCUCAGGGUACCAUUUGGGGACCACCAGGAAACAAGGCUCAACCCCCUACCAGUGAGCAAACAAACAAGGGAGGAAGACCUUGAGUUUCCAAUGGCCCAGAACCAGCUGACCUGGGCUUCCUGCUGUGAGCUGUUUAAGCCUCUCAGAAGCUCUGGGACUGUGAGUGAAACUCUCUGGGUUCCUUGCAGCCGAGAGCACCUGCAAAGCCUCCUGGGUCCAGCCUCGGUCGUUUCCGCCACGGUUUCUGCCGCCACGCCCGGAAGAUUCGGUCAUGGUCUAUUAAUAAUUUCUGUCUUCUAAAGCAGUUUUCUGAUCAAUCGAAAGGCAUUCUUAUUCUUGUAUUUUUCCCAUGGAAGAACCCACAGCCCUAAUCACACCUCAAGAAACUUGCUUGAGGCUUUCGAGGUUUUGGUCUGCGCUGUUUUCUUUUGUGUGUUUAUCACUGAAAACAAAAAGGACACACUUACUGAAAAGAUCCAAAUUGUACAAAAACGAAUAACCUUGGACAUAAAGGUGACUCUAAUUUCCUUCAAGAUCUGUUUUUUGGUGUAAAGUGGACCCACAUGUGAUAAAAACGAAUGUCUACUGGGAGCUUACCCUACGUGAGGCUCUGUUCGCAUUACUGAGCAGGUGUCAAUUCAUGCGACUCUCCCCACGUUUCAUCAUUGGAGGCGGGGACCAUGAGGGACAGAGAGGGGCCUGGGUGGGUGGCAGUGGCAGUGACAACAUGAACCUCAGGGGUUCAGUACCUCAGUCCACCAGACUGUGCUAUCUCCACUGUGAUGCUUAGUAAAUAUUUGUUCAAUCAACACAUGCAUUUCAUUGUUCAGAAGUUUUAAAUGUUUUUAAUGAAUUUUGAUAGUACUUUUCUUUAUAGGUUCUGGCCUUGGUGUUCCUGUUAAGAGAGGCAAUUUCAAUUCUUAAACAGAUUAAUUACUCAGAUUAUUUAACUUCCAGGUGUCCAAAACAUACCAUUUCUUCAUAGCAACUUCCUAAUACUUUCUCAAUAAUGUAGCCAAGCAUUAUUGCACACAUCAGAAAAUCAAUUCUUUGAAUUGUUUAUUAACUGAUAUAAGCUGAAGAAUUUUAUCACACAAAACAUUGCUUUGACAUUUCUAACAAAGUUUAUCUGAAAUUCACAGUCACCAUUAGUGACAACGAUUCACUGCAUGUACUUUUGUCUCCUUAUUCUGCCCGAGCCAGAACCAGAACGAUUGAGUACAUCACCUGAGCCUCUUGCUGUAAGACAUGCCAUGAUACUGGUAAUUAACCGAGAAGCCUGGUAGCAUCUAAUGUCUCUCUGAAAGACUGUUGAUGGACGAACAAUGGAUAGGAAAGACCUAGCAUCUUGCUGAGAAUUGUUUAUCAUGUUUGCAAUUAUAGGCCAUUUUCAAAGGAGCUUUGAACAAAAGGCUCGAUCGCUCAUUCAUUGUGCCAGCUUCAGGAGCCUGGCUGACCAGGAUGCUACAUUUACCACCUGAACCGACAAUGAUACAUCUUCCCCUUUCUUUUUUAAGAUACCUGUCAUUUCCCCCGUGGAUUUGAAACAACUAUGAUUAUCAUUUUAAUCUACAGCCAGCUUUUUACAGACAAUGCUCCCACUGAAGAUUUCAUAAAUGUAUCAGCAGGAGACCAUAAUUAUGAAGUACCCUAGCGAUUUACUAAUACCCCACUAGUGUUUGAGUUUCCUACAGUGCCGUAGCAAAGUGCCACAGAUCAGGUGGCCCAAAAUAACAGAAACUUAUUCUGUCACAAUGCUGGAAACUAGAAAUCUGAUGUCAGAUGGCCGCAGGAUCGUGCUCUCUCUAAAACCACAGCGAGAAUCUUCCUUACCUCCUCCUCGCUUCUGGUGGUGGCCCUCAGCCCUCGAUGUCCCUUGUCUUGCAGCUGCAUCCCUCCAGCCUCUGCCUCCGCCAUCACCUGGGGUUUUCCCUGUGUGGUGGUGGUCAAAUCUCUCUCUUCUUAAGAGUGUGGCAGUCAUAUUGGAUCAGGGCUCCUCUUAAUGACCUUGUCUUAACUUGGCUUCUACAAAGGCCCUAUUUCCAAAAAAGGUCACAUUCCCAAGAACAGGGGGGGUAAGACUUCAACAUUUUGGAGGGACACAAUUCAGUCUGUAACAGGUAGGGGACAUGCAAGCACACCUUCAAGACAGAAUGUUUUCAGGAUCUGGAAGAGUUUGCAGAUUCUCUGUAGCUUUAUUAACAGUCUCCAUAUAAACAACAGCACAUGCACAGAAGUGGUUGGUAAUGGAAGCACAGGAACGUCUAAAACUAAAGAGCAGAAGACAGGUAGGUGACGCCCCACAGUUCACUCAAGGUUGUGUUAUUGUGAGUGUCCCCUAUGUAGGAAUCAUGUGACACAUUGCCCUUGCUUGAUUCUAUGCUCACCUAACGACCUUUCAACUUAAUUUGAUGUCAGCAGGAAUUCCUCUCGUAGGGAAAGAGCAGAGGACAACUCUGGAUUGUCGUUAUUAGUUAACACAUUAGAGUUGGGAGGUUCAUGCUUCUGUAUUUUAUGAGUCAGGUUAGUGGGGCUCCAUCCUGAGAGGCUGGUCAGCUCUAAGGGUCCAGAGUCAAUCAGAAGAUGAGUAGUUUAAACACUGGAAGCCCAUAUUUUAGAACUGAUUCAACUUGCAUUGAGAGCGACCUAACCUACUGAGGAUUUAAUUAUUCUGCGAAUCAGAAGCAAGAGUCCUUUGAAAUACAUGAUCUUUAGGAUGCAGCACUGCAGUCCUGAAUCGGCGCAGUAGGAAAAGAGCCCAGUGUUCUGAUGGACCAUGCACACCUCCACGGACACCUGAAGAGUGGUUACAAAAGAGGGAGGGUGAGAAUAUGAGAAGUGUGGACGAAGCUGGCCAGCCUCCCUGCUCGGACCCUGAGACCGCCGCCUCCAGUUUCCGUUGUCGGAUGUCUGUUUCUUACUCCCGUCUCCUCCCUCAUUUCCAUUCUUCACCGUGUGGUUCUUCACUGGUGCUCCACGUGCUGACAACCGUAUGCUCUUCCCUCUGCCGACAUCCCAGGCCCUGGAGGAAGACCCUCAUCAGCCUGGCCUCUCAUCUCUCUUGAGCACACAGUUGAUCUUUCUACAGGUUAACGCCGAGUGCCCUGGCUGCCGCCGACGGUGCUUGUUUGCCGACGCAGUCACCUGACGCUGAGCUGUGACGGAAGCUGGUUAUUUCUGGCCGUGGGAAGAGAUCACCCUUUUCUCACGUCUCAGUGCUGGGCACUAUCUCACGGUAGAAAGCUGCCCAGAACCUGUUUGUUCGUGGCACUUGGAUUCAGAAAAAGGAUCCUGAGAGGAUGUGGAUGUCAUAGCUAGAAGACUGGUUAGUGCUCUAUAAAAAAAUCCAAAACUUGGCAUUACCAACGGAAAUUUGCCGUGGCGCGGAAUCCAGUUGGAGACCUUGCCAAGCGCAAUAACGCACAUCCUCAUGAACAUCGGGUAAUGUGUUCACUCCCAGGCCCAUUCACUGCCUUUCCCUGCCCCAAAUGAGAAAGUACAUCUCCUAAACGGUAGUGGACAAACCCGCCGAUAUCUUCCUCUUUAAUCUUGCUCACAGUUGACCCCGCACUCCUGUGGAUCAUGGCCCUUGGGCACCCUGCCUUCUACCGCAAUUCUUCAGAUUUAGCAAAAGGAGAUAUAUUCCACCUAAUAAGAAACUCUGACCUUUUGUAUCUGCCUUUUUGGUUUAUAUCUCAUCCGUUUGAUAUAGUUUGAGUCCUCAAACAUUUUUGUUAUUAAAUCUCUUGGUUCACUCUGACUGGUAUUUAAACACAUAUGUUGUAUGGUUUUUACUAGUUAGCAGUUAGAGCCCAAUAUUAUUUCCAAGUUCUUGCGUCAGGCAUCUGCUGUUGUUCCCCUGUGUCAUCUUCAGUGACCAUUGUGAACCUGGCCCUGAGGUGGGAGGAGAGGCCACGUCACCUGACCUGAAUACCCGGUGUGUGUGUGUCUGCGCAUUUUAACCAGCCUUCCCUCCUGUCACAGAGCUAGCCAUCUUCCUGACCCCGGCACGGGUGGUCUUGUCAGACUACUUAAGUUCCAGGUCUUUUGGAAGCAAGGUUGUCUUUCCCAGGGCUCUGUUCA